AUGGCAUCUUCAGAAGCUCAGCCCUCUCAUUACUGCAAAGUUGUCUUUGCCAGUAAGGUUGCCGAGCCUUUCAUAACAGAGCUGAAGAAAGUUUCUUCGACGUUUGAGAAACCUCUGAAGCUUGUUGGCUUCCUUGCCAACAAGGAUCCUGCGGCUCGUAUGUAUGCGGAGUGGACUGGUAAAACAGUUACCGAAGUGGGUUUCGAUUUUGAGCUCCGUGAGGUCGACAAAGACGACCUUGAAGAUGCCAUUGUGGACGCGAAUUUGGACCGUGGUGUCAAUGGAAUUAUGGUCUACUUCCCCGUUUUUGGCAACCGUCAAGAUCAAUACCUUCAGCAAGUGGUUUCUCCAUCGAAGGAUGUGGAGGGCUUGUGUCAUCAGUAUGUGAUGAACAUGUAUCACAACAUUCGCUUUUUGGACGAUGAACAGACCAUGAAGUCUAUUCUCCCUUGCACUCCCCUCGCAAUAGUAAAAAUUCUUGAGUUUUUGGGAGUCUACAACAAGAUUAUUAACUACGGUAACCGUUUGUACGGAAAGACAAUCACAGUGGUGAACCGUAGUGAAAUUGUCGGCCGUCCUCUCGCUGCCUUGUUGGCUAAUGAUGGUGCUAAGGUCUACUCUGUUGAUAUCAAGGGUAUCCAGCUCUUCACCCGUGGUGCCGGUAUUCGCAAGAGAAAGCACGAGGUUACUGAUGUCGACCUGAAAUUAGAGGAUGUCGCUCCUCAAUCCGACGUUAUUAUCUGCGGUGUGCCUUCUGCUAACUACAAAUUUCCUUCGGAACUCAUUCGUGACGGUGCUACCUGCAUUUGCUUCUCAAGUGAUAAGAACUUUGACUCUGUCACUGUUAAGCAACAUGCUGGUAUUUAUGUUCCUAGUAUUGGAAAAGUUACGAUCGCCAUGCUUUUGCGUAACCUCGUUCGUCUCGCUUCUUAUCAAAAUGGUACACCUUCCCCUCUCUGA